AAGAUGGCGGGGCGAGGUCUUGAUGUGAGGAGACGCAGAGUUCCAGGGACUCCGCUCCCGGCACACGUCCAGCAACCGGCUACACCUCGACGGGACCUCCUUGCCAGGGAGGAAGAAUAUAAGCGUUUAAAUGCAGAAUUGGAGGCAAAAACAGCUGAUCUGGUUCGACAAGCUGAAGAAGUCAUAAGAGAUCAGCAAGAGGUACGAUCUAGGCCUACCCCAACACAAAUUAAAUCACAUGGAGAGGAAGAUGAUUACAGUUUAAGAGGUCUGUUAUUAUCUGAAGGGAAAGUUCAUCUUCAUUCAGAGACUAAGCCAAACACCAAAAACAUUGGUCCUGUAAACAAGGUUCAAAACAAACUACACUCUUCAAGUAAAGGAAGGAAAACAAAUUCAAGCGUUAAAAUAAAAUACUCUGAUGUACAAAAUGCCAAUGAUGUUGCCAUUCCAGAGGAUUUCUCAGACUUUUCUCUUGCAAAAACAAUUUGCAAAAUUGAAGGGCAACUGGAGGAAAAAGGCUUACCUGAAUUUAUAGAUGAUGAUAUUUUCUCCGGUAUUAGUAAUGACAUUGGAACAGAAGCGCAGAUCAGAUUUCUAAAAGCCAAACUCCGUGUUAUGCAGGAGGAAUUGGAUAAUGUUGUAUGUGAAUGCAAUAAAAAGGAGGACGAAAUUCAGGAUUUAAAGUCUGUAGUAAAAAAUUUUGAAGAAGAUUUUGUGAGGCAGCAGCGAACAAUUAAUAUGCAACAGUCUCAAAUAGAAAAAUAUAAAACUCUUUUCGAAGAAGCAAACAAAGAAUGUGAUGGAUUACAGCAACAGCUGUCUUCGGUAGAAAGGGAAUUAGAAAAUAAAAGACGACUACAAAAACAGGCUGCCGCUAGUCAAAGUGCUACAGAGAUUCGCUUAAAUAGAGCUCUAGAAGAAGCAGAAAAGUAUAAACUGGAGUUAAGUAAAUUAAGGCAAAAUAACAAGGAUAUAGCAAAUGAAGAGCACAAAAAAAUUGAAAUGUUAAAAUCAAAAAACAAGAAGCUUGAAAAACAGAAAAGAGAAUUAAUGAUAGGGUUCAAGAAACAAUUAAAAUUAAUUGAUGUUUUAAAAAGGCAGAAGCUGCAUAUUGAAGCUGCCAAGCUGCUAUCUUUCACUGAAGAGGAGUUUAUGAAGGCACUUGAAUGGGGAAAUUCAUGAAUGCUCUAUGAGAUUAGUCUUUGUGAUGGUGUGUGAUGAA